AUGCCCAAGUUUGAACUCGCAACCACGAAAGAAGCUCGUCGACGAUGCAUCACCGAGUUCUUCGAGGCCAACAUCCCCAGAUAUGCCAUCCUCUCUCACACCUGGGGGCCGGGCGAGGUGACAUAUCAGGACAUGGCCCAGUCGGUAGAACAGGCGCGGGAACUGAAGCCUCAGGGGUUCGCCAAAGUCGAGGGCGCGUGUGCGCUUGCACAUGACGAGGGAUUCGACUACAUAUGGAUCGACACCUGCUGCAUCGACAAGACGAGCAGCGCUGAGUUGUCCGAGGCCAUCAAUUCCAUGUAUGCGUGGUACCGGGAAUCUUCGGUUUGCUAUGCAUACCUUAUCGACGUUGGAUAUGUCGAGCAUCCAACUUUGGAGACGGGAAAUAGGAACUUUGAUGAGGUUGAAUUCGGGGCAUCCCGCUGGUUUACGAGGGGAUGGACGCUCCAGGAGCUCAUUGCGCCCUCUGAUGUCGCUUUUUAUUCUGGAGAUUGGCGGUAUCUCGGAAGGAAAUCCUUUCACAAAGACGUGAUAUCUAGAAUCACGGGCAUCGACGUGAGCAUCCUCGCCGGGGCCGAUCCGUCUCUCAUCGCCGUAGCCCGCAAGAUGUACUGGGCCUCACGUAGAACGACGACCAGGACCGAAGACAUGGCAUAUUGUCUGAUGGGCUUGUUCUCCGUCUCCAUGCCCCUCAUCUACGGCGAAGGCAGAAAAGCCUUUCUUCGACUCCAGGAGGAAAUCAUCAAGACUGUCGACGACCAGUCCAUUUUUGCGUGGCAGCUACGGAAGCUGAGCUCCCCUGGGCCGGAUUUUUACGGACUCCUGGCCGAUUCCCCGAGUGCCUUUGAGGAUACUGGCGGAAACGUCUCCCCAUUUGCAUCAAGCCACUCUUCUACGCAGGCAACACGUAUCAUAAACAAUACUCUACAGACUACGCUGAUGAUCCAGAACAAGGUAAUCCAGGGCGUCCACUAUGCUGGCUUUGGUAAACUGCCGUCUGGUCCCCUGUCGAAUUAUCGUCGGGCUGUUCUUGGCUGCAGGUAUGGCUUCUCGGGAGACUCUUCGCCUUGCAUUGAGCUGUGGUGUCUGGAUGAGGAGCAGUCCCAGUUUGCGAGAAUCCGGCCUUGGAAUCUUUUCAGGGAACAGGCGCCGUCUAUUUCCCCUCCCUUGCGAGUGACUUCGCUUUCUAAAAUCCCGUCUCUGCUUUACGAGGUGCCUCUUUACUUUGGCACAAUCUCCAUGGAUCUGCUUUUAAACCGUGCGCCGUGGGAGUACAAACAGAUCACCGUCUCUCACAACCCCCGAGAAUUCAUACCCUUUGGCUUCCGCCUUCAGUAUCUAAGCUACAAGAUCGGAACCCGUGAGGGAUAUCCGGCUGAUCGAUGGCACGGCAACGACCGGGUGCUGCAGCGAGCUUACCACCACAGAAACGGCCCUCAGCAGAAUACUUCGAUGGCCUCCCAGCCGAAUGUCGUGUAUUACAACGAUCUCAAGAGAUAUGUCCACGUCGCGCGUGUCACAGAAGGCGCCGUGCGUGUCAUUUUCAAAGAAAAGUCGUUCAAAGGCUGGUGUCUGUUGCAUGCCCUUGUCCUGGGGAUGGACAUAAUCCACGACGAGCGGGGGGAUUGGCAACGAAAACCGUGGUGCCGGAUUGUGGAACUUGAGCCGUGGAUGCGGGUGGAUGAAUACAAGUACGAAUUUGACUGGAAUGAAGGAGAAAGUAGCAAGAUGAAAUGUUCGUCGCACGACGCCUUGUUGUUGGCAAAGGUCGUUAUGCUGCCUGGCGAUGAACUGUAUACCGUGCAGCUGAAUGCUGCCAACAUGAAUGAGUUGGCUUAUUGGUGGCCAUGGUGA